AUGAGCGAACCAGAUACCUGUCCAGAUACCUGUCCACCGCCCCCAACUCAAUGUAAUCACAAACAUCUCCGCACUCAAAGUACCUUCACAGAACCAGCGAUAGCUCAACUAGGGCGUAGGCGCUUUGGAAAUCCGCUUCCACCGCCCCCCAGCCACAUGCUACUGCCAUUACGACCACCAUCCCUGCCAGGCGUUAUCGUAACUAUACCCGCAGACCUACCCCUACACGCGCCAAAACCUCAGCGGCCUGGACAGAAGCAUGCCAUACUGCGUCUUUCGACAAUGGAUGAGGAAAUCGCAUACCUGGCGAUGCACCCUCUACCAGACUCGUCAACAUCCCCAACUAUUGGCGACUCAUCAACAUCCCCAACUACUGGCGGCUCAUCAACAUCCCCAACUACCGGCGCCUCGUCGCCGCCUGGGUUGACCAUGUUUUUAUCACCAAGAAUUUGGAGACUCCAAAAGGAGUAUUCCGACAGGAUGAUUAUUGAAGGUCACAUGUGUGAGCUGUACAUGGAAUUAAAAAGGAUGGUGCAGUACUACAAGACCAUGUACGAAGGUACAGUACAUGAGGCUCUCGUGCAGGGGUAUUGCGAAGAGGAUAUGGCGGGUAUCCUGGAUGGUUUCCAAGGAAAAUUUGAGGGCACAGACUUGGGCGAAGGAACGUGGUAA